AUGCUGCGCGUCAGCAGACACAGGCCAUUCACACAGAAACUACAUUACCCAGCAUGCAUCUGGGAGGCCUCCUACCUUUACGUGCUUCACAGGCUGCACACAGGCGAGAACAGGAGACACAGUUACAUCACAACAACCACAGAAGAAGAAGCAGAGAAGAAGAAGAGAAGAAGAAGAGCAGAAGCAGAGAAGAAGCAAAGAAGAAGCAGAGAAGAAGCAGAGAAGAAGAAGAGAAGAAGCAGAGAAGAAGCAGAGAAGAAGCAGAGAAGAAGAAGAGAAGAAGCAGAGAAGAAGCAGAGAAGAAGCAGAGAAGAAGCAGAGAAGAAGCAGAGAGGAAGCAGAGAUAUUAAGUAUUUUUGA